GCCAUUUACACUUCCCCAUUUCCUUCGUUUGAUUUCUCAAUUCACAGUUCCACAGCGAGUUUCAGUGACAGUCCAAAAUCCUUUCUCUCGUCGGAGUUCGAUCGAGAGAGGAAGUAGGCGAGGCAACGGCCGAGAUGUUGAAGCCGAAGCCGUUUGCCGGAGCCAAUGUGUUCGUGUCCCGCAAUCUUGUCGCUCCGGAGAUAUUCGACGCUCUUCACGACGCUUUGAAGCAGAAUGGGGCUGAGGUUUUCCUCUGUUGUGAUCCUGCUCGAAACGGCCCUAAAGAUUAUCAUGUUAUCUCCUCAGCCGAUCACGAAAAGUUUGAGGAUCUUCGUGCGAAGGGAUGCAAUUUGUUAGGUCCUCAGUGCGUGAUGUCAUGUGCAAAAGAGAACAGACCCCUUCCUCAGCAGGGUUUUACUUGCUGCCUUGCUAUGGAUGGUGUGAAAAUUCUUGCAUCUGGUUUUCAGGCAGAUGAAAAGGUUGAGAUAGGGAAGUUAGUUAAUGCAAUGGGAGGAGUAUUGCAGACGAGAGCAUCUGCAGAUGUCAGCUUUGUCAUCGCGAAGAAUGCUUUGGCUGCAAAAUACAAGUGGGCACUUAACAUUUCAAAGAAACCUAUUGUCACAAUUACUUGGUUACAGCAGUGCUGGAUUGAACAUCGUGUAGUGCCACAGGAUGGAUAUCGAGUCCUUCCAUUUUCUGGAUUGAAUAUUUCGGUAUCUAGAAUUCCCGCAGAUGAGCGCAAGGAGAUCGAAAAGCUUAUCUUGCAAAAUGGUGGAAGAUAUUCUGCCGAUCUUACAAGAAAGUGUACACAUUUGAUAUGUAGUGCUCCUGAAGGUGACAAGUACAAGGUUGCACGAACAUGGGGUCAUAUCAAUAUUGUUACUCGGAAAUGGUUUGAUCAGUCCAUAGUUAGAAGAGCAUGUCUUAAUGAGGAGUUGUACCCUGUUGGUAGCGUUUCUGCAACUUCAAAUAAAAUGGCAAGGGGUUGCUUGACUUCUCACAAUAGCCAAGAAAAGGUUAAUGGGAACGUGCAAGCUGCACCGUCCUCAUUUAUUGCUGAUUCAAAUUUCUCAGCUGUUUCUGGCCCUGGGUUUUCAGAUAUGGAUUUAGAAGCUACUCUUUCACAGAGCACGUCUAUGUUUUCAGAUGCUUCUCAUUUUAUAAAUGAGGUUGAUGUUGAAGUGCCAGUUACAAUGUCAAAGAACGAAGAAAACACUGAAAAUUGCAUUGCAAAUGACUUCCAAUCUGAAGACAACGACUUAUAUUUGUCAGCAUGUAGAAUAAAAGUUGUUGGGUUUGAAGCUUCUGAGAUGCGGAAGAUUGUGAAUAUGAUUCUCAGAGGUGGAGGCUCCCGGUACAUGCUGUUCAAUGACAAGUUAACACACAUAAUUGUUGGAAAUCCGUCAGAAAUGGAGAAAAAAGAGGUUAGAGACAUUGCAGCUUCAGGUGUUAUCCAUGUGGUUAGAACCACCUGGCUUGAGGAUUGUGAUCGUCAGAAGAAGGAGAUCCCCGUUCUUGGCAGACACAUGGCCUAUGAUGAACUUAUCCCUAAAGGUUUGAUAUCAUCCUGUAAAACAAGCACUAUUGUUAUGGAUCGGAAUAAAGUUCCUAAUGUUCAUCCAAUCAUGCCAUUGAAUGGGUUAGAAGGUAAUUUUCAUGCUAAAAUUGGAAAGACAUCAAUGAUAGAGGAAAGAAUUCAAGAAAAAAGUGAAGCAAAUGUGGGUGGAGACAAGACCACAAAAUUGUCUCAGAAAAGCCAACAUUCUGUACCAAAUGGUAUGAACAAGAGUCAAGAAAAGUUGCGGCGUGAUGUCAUGGUUCCAAAUGGGAAGUCAUCAUGUGUGUAUAAGGGGAAAAUAUUUUGCUUUUCUAGUUCCUUUCCAGAAGAUCGGAGAGCUGAAAUUGUUGAAUGGAUAAAUCAAGGGGGAGGGGAAGUGGUUGAGGAUCAUACGAAACAGAAAGUGCACUUCACAGUUGGAUGUCAUGGUGUGAUACCAAGGAGUACAGAUGUUCAUACUACAUACGUGUCAAGUCAUUGGGUCCGAUCAUGUUUAGAGGAUGGAUGUUUGUCGGAUACCAAUGAGCACAUUCUCUAUUCUCCACUUCCUUGUUGUGUUCCUUUGCCUGGGUUUGAAAGAAUACGGUUCUGUGUUUCACAAUAUGAAGACAAAGAUAGAGUCUUGUUAAGAAAUCUGUGUUUUGUACUUGGGGCCAAGUUCGUGGAGAAGUUGACAAAGAAGGUAACCCAUCUAAUAUGCAAGUUUUCCGAUGGGCCAAAGUAUGAGGCUGCUUGUAAAUGGGGAAUACAUUCAGUUACAGCUGAAUGGAUCUAUGAGUGUGUCAGACAGAGUAAGCUUGUUUCUCUUGAUUUGUAUCGUCCAAAAGAAGUUACAGCUCAAGAUAGAGAGGCAGGCUUAUGUACUGUCAGUCAGUUUCCUACACAAGCUGGCCAAAUGAUAGCCGGUGAAGGUGAAUCCCAGUUCCCUACCCAUUCUGCUAUCUUGAGAGAUCAAUCAGCUGGAACUAACAGUAGCUCUGUGGGAGAAGUUGAACAAAUAAGUUUUACUAAUAAAAAGCGGAAAUUCCUUGACGAACCUAUACAAAAACGUCCUAUAUUUGUUGGAAACAGUCUCACUCAUUUUGACUGCAAUUUGAACUCCACAAGAGAAACUACAUCAAAAUCUUCUGUAGUAACUUCACACGUUCCUGAUGUUGCUGCCGCGAUUGAGGACUUGUUGGAGCAGACGAGUAAGAUUCAUGAUCAGAAGUCACCUGGAAAGACUGGCUGCGACAAAAGUAUUUUCCCGCCCGACUGUUCCGUCAUUGGUCAAGACCAUUCAGAAGCUCCUCCAGUUGGUGGUUCAUCUAACCAGUGGUUAAAAAGAGCUGAAAGAAAAGAAGACGUCAGCGAUCCUACUACUGGAGAUGGGUGUGCAGGGGCAUAUGAUGGUUUUAGUGAAACGCAAACCGAAUCUCAGGUUGUGGGUUAUGAAGAGGAUUUGUCGGGAAGGCAAAUGCUCAUAGACAGAGUACGAACCCGGAGUAGCAUGAUUUGAAACUACGUCUGCCCUUACUCAAAGCUUUAAAGAUGGUGGUAGGACUAGGGGCUGCGCUGUGAAGGUUUGAUUCGAGCUUUUCCUUUUCCUUUUGAGUUUUAUGUUAUUCAAACAUUAUUUUCAUUUAGGAGUUGUAGAAAAUGUUUGGACCUUGAUUGGUUGUAUAGUAAAAAACAAUGUGGCAAAAAAAAAAAAAAAAAAAAAAAAUGAAAGAAGGGGAAAAUUUAAGAUGAGGGUUGCAUGGGGCUUUAUCCAUUGUCUAAUGAGUCAACGACAUCCUUGCACUUGUAAGCUGGAAAAUUGAGCUAUAUUAAGCCGAUUUGCAAGUAACAGAAGAUUUGUGGCUAGCUGAUGGAUGAUUCUUAUACUGCCCACUCACUACAAGGUAAUCCCUCCUCAUUUACUUGAAUUUGGCAUUUCCCAAUUAGGAUACGUGUGGGAAAUUUUUAUUGAGUUCUUUACUAUAAAUUCAAGUUUUUUAAACCCUUCACUAUAAAUUCAAGUCUCGAUGCACAAGUAAAAGUGAAAGAUGGAGAGCAUGACUUUGAUAA